AUGCAGGCCGAAAUGAUAAGCACCUGUGAGUUACGGUACCGCCGGCGAAGAGACCGAUUUGGACACCGCGAUCUGCACCUCCUGUUUCCGGUUGUUUCACUGAGGCUCGCUCGCUCGCUCGCUCGUAUCUGCGUGCCCACCAAAUUUAGGGUGGUACCUGCUCGCCUCGGCUACAGUGGUAUAGGAACGCUCUUCACCCAUCAGCAAGUCGAUCGCCUCGUGACCCUUGGAGCACGCGAGCUUCUUCCGAAAAUCAUUCUCAUCUCGAGCUCUCAUUGGGUCACGGCAAUCAAAGGUUGCGACAGAUGCCCCACAUUUACUAUUCGAUAUAUAAUAAGAUCGACGGACAGUCGUUCCCUCCGAAGCCUUCCCACAUCAGCAACCAUGUCUCUCCACGCCUUCUCAGCCUGGGCCGCCCUUCUGGCCUCCCUGCUCCUCCUGGCAGGACAAGGAUCUACCUCCCCCAUUCAGGCCCUGGAUGCUCGCAACAACGGCAAGCAGCCAUCGUUCUACGGCGCUGCUUCGCAGGGCAACACUCCCGAAUACAAAGUCAAGGGCAAGCACGGAGCUGUCUCUUCCGAAGUCGAUGUCUGCUCCAACAUCGGCGCCCAACUCCUGCAGCAAGGAGGCUCUGCCGUCGAUUCCAUCAUCGGAACAGCCCUCUGCGUUGGCUCGAUCGCCUCGUAUCACUCCGGCCUCGGCGGCGGUGGCCACGCCCUCCUGCGCUCUCCCUACGCAGCAGAUGCCAACACCAACAGGAAACGUAGCAAUGAGAACGAUGCACGGAGCAAGUCGGCGAGCUACAUCCACGUAGACUUCCGCGAGGUGUUCCCUGCAGCUGCAACCGAGGACAUGUACUCGAACAAUCCGGUCAAGAACGCAUCGCUGUAUGGAGGCUUGGCUGUUGGCGUACCUGGAGAGCCCAAGGCAUGGUGGGAUCUCCACCAGAAGUACGGCAAGCUCCCGUGGUCCAAGGUGUUCGAACCGGCCAUCACGCUCAACAGACGAGGGUUCAAGGUGACAGCAGAGCUGAGCAAGGCAUUGAACUCGACACAGUACCCCUUCCUGUGUAAUGACAAGCGAUGGUCCAGGUUCUACUGUCCCAACGGCAAGCUUGCUCAGCUCGGCGAUACUAUCAAGAAGGAGCGACUCGCCGAGACUUUUGAGCUCAUAGCAAGGAACGGCAUUCAGCCUUACUACCACGGAUCGAUUGCCGACGAUAUCGUCGACACGAUCGCCAACAACAACGUCCUCAAAGGCAUCAUGACCAAACAGGAUCUCGCCAAUUACCGGGUCGAGUACCGAACACCUCACAACGUCACCCUACGCGGGGGAAAGUAUCGCCUGUUCGGAACCAAGGCACCUUCGUCCGGAUCCGUGGUUCUUUCCACACUGCAGACCACUGACCAAUUCCGUGCUGACGGACAAGAGGAUCUGAACAACGUCAAUGUUUCGACGCAUCGUUUCAUCGAAGCCAACAAAUUCUCGUACGGUCAACGAACCAACUAUGGCGAUCCGGCCUUUGUCAAGAACGUCACGCGUUUGGAGAGCGAGUACCUCGAGCUCGACGUGAGCAAGGAGAACAAGAACAAGAUCAACGACUCGCGAAUUUUCCCCAUGGACUACUACAUCCCGAGCAACAAGAACACCCAGAUCAUGUCUGACCACGGCACCUCGGCUAUCACUGUGGUCGACGCGGACGGUAUGGCCAUUUCCCUGACUACCACCGUCAACACCUUCUGGGGAAGCCAGCUCAUGACCGCGCACGGGUUCCCUCUGAACAACGAACUCGACGACGCCAGCUCGCCCGGCCAAACAAACUUCUUCGGGUACCUUCCGACUCCCGCCAACUACAUCAAACCUGGAAAGCGACCGUUGUCAUCGAUCUCGGCGGUCAUUGCCGAGAACGCGCAUACUGGUGAGCUCAAGCUAAGCUUGAGCUCGGCUGGAGGUUCGCGCAUCAUCACAGCCGUUACGCAGGUUGCGUACGACGUACUGUUCAAGGGACAAGAUGCUCAGACGGCGUUGGCCGAAGCGAGAUGGCACGAUCAGCUCAGUCCGAACUCCACCACGCUCGAGAGUCCGGCUCCUACUAUUCCUGGGUUCGUCGGUUUCAGCAACCAAACCGCGGCUUUCCUGGAGAGUGUAGGACACAACGUUUCGUUUGUGCCCAUCGGUAGCUCGACUGCUCAGGCAGUGGAGAGGUUCGACGAUGGUGUGCUUUUGGCCGCUACCGAGGUCAGACAGCUCGCUGCAAAGGGUGCCGCUUUCUGA